UUACACUCAUUCAUCCUAUAUUCAUCUUAACUACUACAAUCGCCAAACAAGCUAAUCCAACAAUGUUUUCCUCAACAUCUUCUAAGCUUUCCUUUCUUCUCUUACUCUCCUCCUUAUCCUUGCUUGUCUGUACUGGCAUCAGUCGGGAAUUUUCAAUCGUUGGAUACGAACCUGAAGAUUUAACAUCUAUCGAUAAACUAAUCGAUCUUUUCGAAUCAUGGUUAGCAAAACAUGGGAAAGCAUACAAGAGCAUUGAGGAGAAACUUGAGAGGUUUGAAGUAUUCAAGGAGAACUUGAAACAUAUUGAUGAGACUAAUAAGAAGGUUACUAGCUAUUGGCUAGGGCUGAAUGAGUUUGCAGAUAUGAGCCAUGAAGAAUUCAAGGAAAAGUAUCUAGGAUUGAAAGGUGAUCAUUAUCAGAUGCCUGAGAGAACUAGAGAUUCUUCAUCUACUGAUGAAAAUUCCAGUGAUGCAGAGAAUAUCGAUUUACCUAAAUCUGUCGACUGGAGAAAGAAAGGUGCUGUUACUAAUGUCAAGAAUCAAGGCGCUUGUGGAAGUUGUUGGGCAUUUUCAACUGUAGCAGCAGUAGAAGGAAUUAAUCAGAUAGUUACAGGAAAUCUAACUGUACUGUCAGAGCAAGAGCUGAUCGACUGUGACAAACCUUCAAACAAUGGCUGUAACGGAGGUUUAAUGGAUUAUGCAUUUCAAUAUAUCAUGUCUACUGGUGGGCUACACAAAGAAGAUGACUAUCCAUAUCUCAUGGAAGAAGGAACUUGUCAGGAAAAAAGGGAGGAUAUGCAGAUGGUAACUAUUAAUGGUUACAAGGAUGUUCCUGAGAAUGACGAAAAAAGCCUCUUGAAGGCACUCUCCCAGCAGCCUGUUAGCGUUGCCAUUGAAGCAUCAGGAAGAAACUUCCAGUUUUACAGUGGAGGGGUUUUCGAUGGGCACUGUGGAACUGCUCUAGACCACGGAGUUACAGCUGUUGGAUAUGGAUCAUCGAAGGGUUCAGAUUACAUCAUAGUUAAGAACUCUUGGGGAGCAAAAUGGGGAGAAAAAGGCUACAUCAGGAUGAAGAGGAACACUGGGAAACCAGCUGGGCUUUGCGGAAUCAACAAGAUGGCUUCAUAUCCUACCAAAAUGAAGUGACCUACCGUUUACUUUGUUCCUAUCUGAUUAUCUUAAAAAUGACGUGAUCUUGUUUCUAUUUUCUGUUUUCUGCAUUGUGUUCCUUUUCAGUUUUUCUUUGAAUAAAAUAUAUGGUUAAAGUAUCCGUU